AUGAGAUUCGUUGUUUUUGAUAAACAUUUACACUCACAUUCAUUUGAAACAUAUGAUUAUCAAAGAGAAUAUUCUGGAAAAUUAUCGCAAAUUUAUUCACAAUAUUUACAAAACAACCCGUUUUUGGUUAACUGUUCAAAACAAACGGGACGGACAUCCGAUAUUACCGACGAUGAUAUUAUUGAAGCCAUUCAAGUGGCCGACGAAGAUAUCAAUAGUUUAUUAAAAAUUGAUGAAAACUUUUUAAAAAGUAGUCCAGACUCUAAAAAAUUCAGUGCUUUCAUAUACAAGGCUAAUAUUAUAACAAAAUUCAAUGAAAUUGUUACCAAAAAGUUGACACAACUCAAAUGUAUAAACAAAUAUGAAUCGGAAUUAAAUUUUCUCAUAAAAAAUACACCAAAACAUGUGACAAAUAAUGGCCAGUACUGUGAUAUGAACCGAGACGUCAGUGAUAGUAGUAGUGGUGGUGUCCGAUGUAAUCCUAAUUAUAAAUAUCGACAAAUCGAUGGUAAAUGCAAUAACUUGAAGCAAACCAAUUGGGGAUCGGCUUUCCAUUGCCAGAGACGACUAUUGCCACCUGAUUAUAGUGACGGUGUUAGUGGCCAACGGUUGGCCAGCGAUGGCAGUCCACUACCAAUCGCUCGUUUUAUUAGCACUACAAUCACUAACGAAUUUGAUGUUUACGAUCGACACCGUAAUUCCAUGCAAAUGCUUUGGGGACAGUUAGUUGUUCACGAUAUGGUCAAAACAUUGCAAUAUAUGGGUAAUACAGUAGGCUGUUGUCCACCAAAACCAUUACAUCCCGAAUGUAUGCAAUCAUAUCUACCGCCCGAACAAUUGACUAUUGCAUACAACCAGAGCUGUAUGUCAUUUCCUCGAUCGACGGCUUGCAACACAUGUCGGUUAGGUACUCGUGAACAAAUGAAUGCACAAACAGCUUAUUUAGAUUUAUCAAUGAUAUACGGUUUUGAGGAAAGACAGGCAAUCAAAUUGAGGACAUUUGAAAAAGGUAAAUUAAUAACAAAUAAAUCGUUGACAUCUGAAACGCCUAUACCUCCGAUGGUUGAAUUGCCCGACGACCAGGACAUCUACGACAUACGUACGACAUGUAAUUUUAAAGCUGACCGGCCAUUGCUUAAGUGUUUCAAAAGCGGUGACGGUAUGCGUAGCAAUCAACAGCCACUAAUAGCGACCAUUAUUUCGACAUUUGUUAUCAGACAUAAUCAACAUUGCGAUGGUUUGGCUAAAGUCAACCCCCACUGGACUGACGAUGUUUUGUACAGAGAGGCCAGACGUCUAUUAGAAGCUGAAUAUAAUUUUAUUAUUUUUUAUGAAUAUUUGCCAUCAAUUCUUAACAAAGAUCUCAUGAAUUAUUUCAAUCUCAAUGUUAAACCGCACGGAGAGUAUAGUGAAUACAAUCCCGUUGUUAGUCCCGAUGUGAUCAAUGAAGUACAAGCCGGUGCUCUACGGUUUAGCCAUUCAAACAUUAACAGUGUAUUUCCCAUAAUUGAUAAAAAUCCUCUAAAAAGCAGUUCAAUAACAUUGCGAUAUGAGUUCAGACAAGCAAUUCAACUAUGGGAGGGAAAGACAAAUGGUAUAUUAAAAGGUUUAUGUGAAGACAGACAGGAGUUGACUGAUUUGAAUUUUGUUGCCGACGUCAGAGAAUUUAACCUAAUCUCUCAGUGCGCGCCCAAAAUUGUUGACUUAUUUAGUAUUGACAUAUUGCGGGCCCGGGAUCACGGGAUACCGGCAUAUAUAUACUUUGUUGACUAUUGUACGGGUCAUAAGAUAACGUGUUGGGAUGACUUGAGACAAUAUAUACCGGACAAUGUAAUUGAAAAAUUAAAACAAGUUUACAAAGAUUAUAAGGAUAUUGAUCUCAUAAUUGGUGGUCUUGCGGAACGGCUUAUGAAUGGCUCAAACAUUGGACCGACAUUUGCCUGUAUGAUAGGCAUACAAUUUUAUCACUUGAAAUUUGGUGAUCGAUUCUAUUUUGAGCAUGGUGAUCAAGCUGGAUCAUUUACCAUUGAUCAAUUGGAUAAUAUCAAACACACGGCAUCAUUGGCUAACCUAUUGUGCAAAGUAACUGAUUUUGACGAAAUUCAAGUCAACCCUAUGUAUAUCCCAUCUAAUUAUAACCGAUAUAUACAUUGCAGUCAUUUAUCAGAAAUUAACUAUAGGUUAUGGAAAGAUCAACAUAUAUAA